CGGCCGCUCGCGCAUGUUUAGCAGCCUUAAUGCAACGAGCUGGUCGGUUAAUGCCAGCUCCAUCCAAAUACCAGGACUUCACCAGCGAUGAACCAUCAGCUAAAGGAACAGACAACCCUGGUUCACCAUUAUGUUCACCAUCAACGUCUCUCUUCGGUUCAAAAAUAACAUCGGCCAAUAAAAGUCCUAUAAAUCUGUUAUAUGAGAAUUAUCCUGGAUUGAGUUUUAUUUGCACUUACGGUGAUGGAUCUUCAUUGGACUCUGAGUAUGCGCCUCAACAUCUAAGUCAUAGUAUGCGUUUUAAAGUUAUUUGCAAGAUAAAAGAAUAUAGAUUUGAAGGAUAUGGUUCAAGUAAGAAGUUAGCUAAAGUAGCGGCAGCUCGUGUUGCUCUGGCCGAGCUGGGGGAGUCGCGGGGUCACCAGCAGCACCCUAUGCCCACUGCGCCCCUCAACCAACUGCUUGCGGAUCACGUCGCUAGGUUGGUAAACGAUAAGUUUCAAGAGAUGGUUCGCAACAACCUCGUGCAUCCUAAACGGAAGGUUCUCGCUGGCAUCGUGAUUACCAUAGACAACGGUGUAGAAGGCGCUAAAGUAAUAGCAGUAACCACUGGUACUAAAUGUGUUUCCGGAGAGCAUAUGUCAGUAAAAGGAUUGGCAUUGAAUGAUUGUCAUGCUGAGGUAGCAGCAAGGCGUUGUUUGCAAAGAUAUUUAUAUUCUCAACUACUUUUAUACGCUUCAGCGAAGGAUCCAAAGCAAUGUAUAGAAGAUUCUGAUAUUGAACCAAUAUCAACUGGUGGAUAUCAGUUAAAACCUAAUAGGAGUGUACAUUUGUACGUGAGCACUGCCCCUUGCGGCGACGGGAGGAUAUUCAGCCCGCAUGAGAACAACGAGUCUGAGCUGGAUAGACAUCCUAAUAGGCUAGCUCGAGGUCAAUUAAGGACUAAAAUAGAAUCAGGUGAAGGGACCAUACCUGUUAAAAACAGCAGUAAUGUGGUACAGACAUGGGAUGGAGUUUUACAGGGCGAACGUCUCCUAACAAUGUCGUGUUCGGACAAAGCGGCGCGUUGGUGCGUUGUGGGCCUUCAAGGGUCAUUGCUGGCCUGUCUACUCAGACCCGUGUACCUUAGCUCUCUGGUCCUAGGCUCUUUGUUACAUCCACAGCAUUUAUACAGGGCAAUAUGCGGUCGUAUAGAAAACUAUAUAUCAUCUUUGCCUCCGCCAUAUCGACUGCAAAGGUUAAAAUUAGCUCGAGCUGCAAGUACUGAAGCCCGUACAGCGACUAAAGCGCCUUCAAUCAGCGUCUGUUGGUGCUGCACUUCUCAGAUGCCAGAAGUGAUCAAUGCCAGCACUGGAAAGCUGGAUUCAGGCCAACCGUCGCUAUUGUGCAAGCAAAGUAUGUUCGCUCGCUGGCAAUACCUCAUCACCAAGCUGCCCUUAUUGCCGCAGGAGUCAGACGAAGGUCCCAAAGAAAUCAAGCCCCCAGCGGACAUCGCCAAUAUGCAAUAUUUUGAGGCCAAACAAAUAUGUACUACAUACCAGGCUGCAAAGGAACGUCUAACAAUAGCUUUUGAGAAAGCAAACUUAGGUCGUUGGGUAAAAAAACCCAUAGAACAGGAUCAUUUUGUAUGCGAUAUCGUGAAACCAGAUCCUAGAGCACUGUUCGCCUAGACGGAUAGUAAUCCAUACGUUUGUAACAUCGUGCAAGCGUACAAUCUAUUGAGAGGCUUUGGACGUGGUUGCAUUCAAAAUAUUAAAACAAUCUUAUUUAAAUCGAUAAUAAAGUUAAUUACAAUUAGGAUAGAAGAUGGUUUAGUUGAUAAAUCUAAGUUAAAACUUAGAGCAACUGAAUGUAAAUUAAAAUGUAGAUUAAAGUUUUGGUCGUGUUCUAAAUUAAAAUUUUGGUCGUUACAUAAAUUAAAAU